AUGACUGUUGGAUCGCAUCGACACCCUUUUACCCCCUCCAUUAUGCAACUCCCCUUAAUGGAUAAUUGGAAAGCUUUACCUAUUGAUAAAUACGAUGGUACGACAGAUCCUGAUGAGCAUUUGGAUGUUUUUCUGACGCAGGUAACUCUGAGCACAACGGAUGAUGCUGCGUUGUGUAGGAUCUUUCCUACGUCUCUCAAAGGCAGAGCCCUCAGUUGGUUCACUUGUCUUCCACCCAAUUCAAUCGACUCGUUCAACACAUUGUCUUCACAAUUCGCUAUUCAAUUUGCAACAAGUCGUCCUCAUAAUCUAACGUCUUUAUCUUUGGUUGGUAUUAGGCAGGACAAGAAGGAAUCUUUGCGGGCAUUUAUGGAUCGGUUUAAUAAGGCUACUAUGGAAAUUCGAGAUCUUAACCCCACUGUAGCAUUGCAUCACCUCACAACAGCCUUAAAAUCGGGGCCGUUUGUCAAUAGUAUUUGUAAAAAGCCUCCUUUGGACAUGAGUGAUUUAAGGAGAAGGGCUGAUAAGUAUAUGCAGAUGGAAGAGUUGGCGGAAUAUCGUAAUCAGGCCCGAGCUGAGUCGUCGAGCAAGGUAGAAAAGCAAGCAGAACAGUCAUACAGGGGGAGAGGAAAAGAGAUAUCUCUUCGGGAUCGGCCUAGUCGGGGUCCGAAGUACAAUCAAUAUACUCCCCUCAACACUAGCCGUUCGGAGGUACUUGAACAAGCUUUAGCUUCAGAAGUAUUGACAAUUCCAAAAAGAGCAGCUACACCACCACGUGCGGAUACUACCCUUAGAGACAGAAUUGAAGAUUUGAUUAAGCAAGGCAAGUUGCAUAAUUUUGAGGAUCGGACAGGGUCGUCGCAAACUCGCUCAUAUCAACCCAGGUAUCAAGAUCGGCGCAGACAAGAUCGUUCCGAUAGAGCCCCUCGUGAAAGAAGCGGGUCACGAGAAAGAAGUAGGUCGCGAGAAAGAAAGGAUACCUCGGCACCAUCACAUAGGAGGGUGAUCAAUACUAUUGCAGGAGGGUUUGCUGGUGGAGGCUCAACUUCAUCGGCUCAAAAGAGGCAUCUUAGAGCAAUUCGAUCGGUUAACGUUGUUCAUAGACAGUCUUCACGGAGGUUACCAGCAAUAACCUUCACCGAUGCUGAUUUCAAGGGCAUUGAUCCAGAGCAAGAUGACCCGAUGGUUAUUAGCGUGGAAAUUCACAAUUGCAUUGUCAAGAAAACAUUGGUUGAUCAGGGUAGUUCAGCAGACAUAUUAUAUUGGAAUACUUUCAAGCAGUUGGGCAUUUCGGAAAAAGAAUUGCUCCCUUAUGAUGACCCGUUGGUCGGUUUUGCAGGAGAAAGGGUCAGUACCCGAGGUUAUAUUAAACUCUUUACACGUUUUUGUUUUGACGAACAACAGAGUAGAGAGGUUCAAGUGAAGUAUAUCGUGGUGGAAGCUAGCACUUCAUAUAAUAUCCUCCUUGGCAGGCCGUCCUUGAAUGCAUUAGGGGCUAUCGUUUCAACACCACAUUUAGCGAUGAAGUUUCCAUCUGAUCAAGGGACAAUAAUUACGAUUCAUGUCGAUCAAAAGGCUGCUAGGGAGUGUUAUUAUGCUAGCUUACGGAUCGCGCCGUUGGAAGAGAAAAAAUCAAAAUCAAAAAGGGUUCAUACUGUUAACACUUCGGCACUCGGGGAGGAACCUGUUUGGGAUCUUGAUCCAAGAAUGAACAAUGAGGAACGGGUGGAGCCAGUAGAAUCUAAAGUACAAUUUCAAAUCGGUGUACAUCCUAUUCAGGUUACAUACAUCGGUGCCGAUAUGACCGAAGAGAGUCGUUCUGCCCUGUGCAAGGUUAUAUUGAAAAAUAAAGAUCUUUUUGCGUGGACCCCUUCGGAUAUGCCUGGUGUGGAUCCUGAGGUCAUGUGUCAUAAAUUAUCAGUUUGUACUGAAGCAAGACCAAUUGCACAACGAAAACGAAAAAUGGGAACGGAAAGGAAGCUUGCAGUGGAAACGGAGGUUGCCAAAUUGCUAGAUGCUGGUUUCAUUCGGGAGGUUCAUUAUACCACUUGGUUGGCGAAUGUGGUGAUGGUGAAAAAGUCAAAUGGGAAAUGGAGAAUGUGUACUGAUUAUACUAGCCUCAACAAGGCAUGCCCUAAGGAUGCCUACCCGCUCCCGAAUAUAGAUCGGUUAGUUGAUGGUGCGUCGGGUCAUGGAGUUUUAUCUUUCCUUGAUGCUUACUCGGGGUAUAACCAAAUUCCCAUGCAUCCCCGUGACGAGGAAAAGACGGCCUUCAUAACCGAUUCGGCCAAUUACUGCUAUCAGGUAAUGCCGUUUGGAUUGAAAAAUGCAGGGGCAACGUAUCAAAGAUUGAUGAACAAGGUUUUUCAACGCCAAAUAGGCAAGAAUAUGGAGGUGUACGUGGAUGAUAUGGUCGUAAAAUCUAGAAACAUUGAUUGGCAUGUAACGGAUCUUUCGGAAGUGUUCCAACAGUUGCGCAAGUAUGAUAUGAGGCUCAAUCCGGAGAAGUGCGUGUUUGGGGUUUCCGGGGGCAAAUUCCUUGGCUUCAUGCUUUCGGCGAGGGGUAUUGAAGCUAAUCCUGACAAAUGUAUGGCAAUCGUCAACAUGAUAAGCCCUCAGAACCUUAAACAAGUUCAACAGCUAGCAGGUCGGCUUACAGCAUUGUCACGAUUCCUUCCGUGUUUGGCUGAAAUAACGAAACCUAUGGUGGGAUUGUUGAGAAAAGCGAAAAAAUUCGAAUGGUCUGUUGAAUGUGAAGAGGCUUUUCGGACUUUAAAGGAGCGUCUCGGUUCGCCGCCUAUACUUUCUAAGCCUGAUCCAGAAGUACCAAUUGUGGUCUAUUUGUGUGUAUCAAACGAUACAAUAAGUACAGUUUUAAUUCAAGAAAAGGAAGGACAACAACCUAUUUACUUCAUCAGUCGCAUGCUACAAGAGGCUGAGACAAGGUACCAGCUCUUGGAAAAAGUGGCACUGGGGCUAGUCCACACCGCUCGGCCCCUCCGGCAGUAUUUUCAGAGUCACCAAAUCGUCGUUCGAACUGAUUGCCCGAUAGCUAAAGUGUUGCGUAAACCUGAGUUGGCAGGAAGAAUGAUGGCUUGGUCUAUUGAGUUAUCGGAGUUCGACAUUGGUUUUCAGCCUAGAGGGCCGAUCAGGUCCCAGUACUUGGUGGAUUUUAUCAAUGAGUUGCAGCCGAGGGGUUGUUUUGUCAAUGAUUUGUGGACGAUACACGUGGAUGGUUCCUCAAACAAUCAGGGUAGUGGAGCUGGUAUAAUUUUGGAAGGACCAACAGGAUUGAUUCUAGAGCAAUCAUUACGGUUUGCGUUUAAAGCUUCAAAUAAUCAGGCCGAGUAUGAAGCGUUGUUGGCAGGUUUAAGGCUUGCACGAGAGAUCGGAGUUAGCCGAUUGGAAUGCUGGACCGAUUCAAAGGUUGUAGCCGAGCAGGUGAAUGAUAAUUUUCAAGUAAAAGAUGCAAACUUGUUAAAGUAUUAUCAUUUGUUUCAAAAAAUGCGUGAUAUGUUUGAAGAAGUUCAAGUAAAGCACACACCAAGAGAACACAAUGCGAGGGCGGAUCAAUUGGCUCGGUUGGCAAGCAGUACCAGAAACCUGGACAGUUGA